AUGGCCGACCCUCCAUCAUCACCAACAUCAACAACAUCAGAACCUCUCCCCAUCGCCAUCAUCGGGGCCGGAAUCGCCGGUCUCGCACUCGCUAUCGGUUUGCAUAAUAAUAAGCAUCAUCCUUUUAUACUCUAUGAAGAAGCGUCUGAGUUUUCUGCUGUUGGUGCAGGAAUAGGCUUCGGUCCCAAUGGAAUUCUCGCAAUGGAUUUCCUCGAAGCAGGAUUUCGUGCAAAAUAUGAGAGCGUGUGUGUCGGGAAUUUGGCAGCAGAGGAUGAAGAUGUUUUUUUCGAGGGCUUGUUGUGUAAGGAAGGGUUGGGUAUGAAUGAGAGCUGGUAUGGGCGUUCGUCGUGGGGAGCAUCAGGAUAUCAAAGAAAGUCUGCUCAUCGACGAGAAGUCUUGGAUAUUCUGACGAGCUUCAUUCCUCGGGAUCGUGUACAAUUCAACAAGCGUCUUACGGAUAUGGAGCAGCGAGAGGAUCAUGUGGUUCUCUAUUUUGCAGACGGAACAGUGGCUCAAGCCGCGCUUGUAGUCGGAGCGGACGGCAUACAAAGUAUUGUGAGAGAGCAUGUCCUUCGAUCGAUCGACCCGGAGGGAAUUGCUCCAAGAUAUGCCAACUCGUAUGCAUAUCGCGCUGUCAUUCCUAUGGCUGACGCAAGAGAGAUUCUUGGCGACAGACUGACUGAUACCGCCAAAAUGUACUUGGGAAAGGAUCGCCUGGUGGUGACCUAUCGUGUCAGUGGAGGUGCAGAGUUCAACUUCUUGCACUGUGUUUGCGAGCCGAACAGCCAGUGGCCUUCACCGGAUCGAGUGACCCAGAAGGUGACCAGCGAGGAGAUGCGCGCAGAUUUUGCAGAUCGCGGUAUCGAUUCUCGACUACUUCGGCUCCUUGAAAAAGCGCCACCGACACGAUGGGGCCUCUUCCACCAUAUCGAGACAGCGACAUAUUAUCGGGAUCGUGUGGUACUUGUAGGCGACAGCGCACAUGCCUCGCUUCCGUAUCAAGCUGCUGGAGCCGGUCAAGGCGUAGAGGACGCUUUGAUACUGAGCAGUGCACUGGGCGCGAUGGACUGCUCAAAGAAGCCUUUACCCGACCAACUGCGGAAAGCUAUGCGUGUUUACGAUGAAAUUCGACGUCCUCGUGCGCAGCGCCAGGCUGAACAGAGUCUAGAAGCAGGCCUUUUGCUCAGUUUCCAGGACCCGAGGGCUGGAUCUGAUAUGGAGAAGAUUUUGCCGAGAAUGCAGAAUGGUCGAUUUGAUUGGUUGUGGUUUCAUGAUCUUCGCGAUGAUGUUCGGCGUGUGCAUGAGUUGAUGGCUCGGGAUUGGACCGCUUCACAUGCAGAAACUGGAAUUCUGCAGCAAUGGUGGAUGUGGACUCAGCCAUAGCACCCUAGAAUCAUGUCGUCUCACCCUCCACCCGAGUUUUCCCUCUCAUAGUAGACCCAGCUGGAGUUAUACGAUGGAGGGCCAGGAAGAAUGUUUGUUGCUAGUCCUUCCAAAUGGACUUUCGGCAUAGGAAGCAGAGCAAAGGGCCUAGUCGAGAUGUCGCUGAUGAGUUUUGGUCCCUACCACUAUCGCAAACACCAAGUAUCCGGAGGCAGAGACAGCAUGAGGCGGCAAUUUUCAUUUUU